AUGGAAGGCCCACUAGAAGUAAAAGAUUCUACCACAGGUGUAGAGGAAUCUAUUAAAUCAGAGGCACCUGUACAAAAUCCAGAUAGCAGCGAUCGGAGCGAUGGUGCAGUGUCACCUCCACCAAAUUGUAGCAUUUGUUUAGGCAAAUUAGUGAAUACCUCAUUCACUGAUAGUUGCCUUCAUCAAUUUUGUUUCACAUGUUUGCUUCAAUGGUCGAAAAUAAAAACGGAAUGUCCAUUGUGUAAACAAACAUUUAAAUCGAUCAUACACAAUGUUAGAUCGGAAGAGGAUUAUGAUCAGUAUCAUGUACCUAGAGAAUUGGCUACUUUUGACCUUUUUGAAUUGGGUCACAUGGAUACUGAAGCAAAUAAAUUUAAUCAUUACAGGACAACAAUGACAGGACAUCACAGACGUCCUCAUGAGAUAGUUCUUAAUCCAGAACAAGUUGCAAGAAGAGAACAGUUGCCAAGUAUAGCACCACAAGUUCCAAUAGGAGAGCGCAUACGUAGACGUGUAAAUCCAACCGAUUAUCGUCGUACAAUUUACAGGCAUGGAAUUUGGGCUACUGCAUUGCCAGAUGUAUUUGGUCGUUUUCGUGAAUGUAGUGCCGAUUUUUAUCGGAGAGAGCCGAGAGAAUUAAAUCGACUUAUACCAUGGUUAAAUAGAGAAUUACAAGUAUUACUUAAUAACAAUGCUUCACAUGUUGCGUAUGUAUUAAGAGUUAUAUUGGAUGCUCUUUGUCAAUAUGAUAUCAGAAGCCCAGAAUUUCGAGAAUUAGUACGGCCUCAUUUUGCCGCAUAUACGGACCAUUUUGUACAUGAAUUACUUAAUUAUGCCCGAACAAAUUUUGAUUUAAUUGGCUAUGAUCAAUCUGUAACUUAUUUACCACAAGGAUUGUCAAAUGAAUAUGUAUCAAAUAUUUUAUCACCUACAUCUAGCAGUACUAGCACUAGUUCUGAUGAUUCUGACAUUCGAGUUCUAGACGAAGCAAUUGAUCUUAGAACAAAUACAGACUUGCCUAGUGUAGGACCACAUACAAUUAAUAUGCCUGGUCCGAGUACUGUAGCACAAACGUUCCAGUUAGAUAUCCCGUACAAUGUACCAGAUGUAUUGACUAUUUCUUCUGAUUCUUCUAUAUCAGAUAAUGAUUGUGAAGUAAUUGGUUAUGUGAAACCUCGUCAUGAAAGAACACCAGAAAUUAUAGAAUUGCUUUCAUCUGAUCCUGAGGAAAUAAAUAUUUCCCAUGUAUCAAAUGAUAACACUCAAGCUCCAACGCCUGCUUCAUACGAAGAUAUCGUCCAACCCAGUACGUCUCAUAACAUUAAGAAACGAACAUUAGCAUCGUCGUCUAAUGAAAGUGAUUCAGAUUCAGAUAGUGAUUACAUUUUUCGAAAGUAUCAAAAUUACACUAGAAAACGUACGAAAAAAAGCAGCGGUAAAAAGCGUAACCGGUCAGUAGAAACAAGAGUCCGCAAUCGAACGAGUAGAAACUUAUCUAGUUCAGGCGAAAGUGACGUUAGAAAAAAGGGAACUAAAAGAAAUACUCAGCGAACGUCAAAAAGAAGAUUAAGUAGUAGUAGUAGUGACAGCAGUUCCUGCGAAAUCGAAUCAAAACCGAUGGAUGAAAAAAAAUCAAGAACUUCGCAAUAUUCUACGAAAGGUACUGUACGGGUUCGUAAAGAUUUAAUUAAGAAAGAAACUCGAUAUUCGGAUGAUGAGUCAUUCAGUAGUAAUAGUAGCAGUGAUUCAGAUGAAAUUAUGAAAAAUGCAAAAUCUCGCACAUCACGAAAAUCUAAAAGAAAAUACGCCACUAGUUCGAGUGAUUUUGAUACAGGUAGAAGUGAAAGAGUAAUUAGAACAAGAGGUAAAGCAAGACAAGUAUCAGAUACAAAGCAGUCUCGCCGAAAAGAAUCAAGAUACAAGAGUGAGCGACAAUCUGAAUCUAGAAGUAGUAGUGUAUCUUCUUACGAUUCUCGAAAAGAAAAAAGAGAUAGCUCUAGGCGCCGAGAAUCCCAACGACAUCUGAGUGAUAAUGAUAGUACUUGGAUAACCAGAGAUGUAUUAAAAAAAAACCGUGAAUUUAAAUCUAAGACGAGAGAAGUAAUUGUAAGUAGUUCAGAUUCCGAUGAAGACUUUAGAUCGCAUAGUCAAUGCAGUAAUUAUUCAAAUAAAUCAUAUACACACAAAAAGAAAUCGAAGCAUAAAGAUAAGCACAAGAGUAAAAAAAGAAGACGAUCUAGUAGUAGAACACAUAGCUCAUCAAAUCGAUCACGACUAACUCGACGACAUCCUGCUUAA